GAGACAGAGAAGCAUCAUUACCUGAAGCAGAGGUUCAGAGCUGGUUGGCCGAGCUGAGUGCUGCUGCAAGGCUUCAGUAAAAACAUGAUGAGGAACAUUUACAUCUUCGUCUCCCUGAUGCUCAUUCUUCCUGUCUGUGGGCAGCAAUCAGGCCUCAGAAGCAUCAGUUUUAUAUGUUAUGAGGAACACAAGACCUGGAAAGAAGCUCAGUCUUUCUGUAGAGAGGAACACACUGACCUGGCGACUAUCAGAAGUGAAGAAGAUAAUCAACUGAUUCGUGAAAGCCAGAGCUGGAUCGGACUUUACCGAGAGGAUGCGAACAGUCCAUGGAAAUGGUCCAGAGGAAACAAGAAUGCAGCCUUCUUUAAUUGGGACAAAAACGAACCAAAUAACCCACAAACUGAACUCUGUGUUGUGAGGGAGAAGACUGGUAAAUGGCAUAGUUAUCCGUGUCAGUCCAGACAGUCUUUCACAUGUUAUGAUGACAAUCUGGUUCUGGUGACGGAGAACAAGACGUGGGAGGAGGCGUUAGACCACUGCAGGUCUCUGGGAGGAGAGGACUCAGAGAAUCCAGACUCUGUGUCCUGGAAGCCCAGCUACGACUUGGCCACCCUGAUCACUGAAGAUGAUCAUGACUACGCACGAGAGAGAGCACAACAGGCGACCACUGAUGAGGUGUGGACGGGUCUGCGUUUCCUGGGUGAUGGCUGGUUGUGGGUGGGUGGAGAACCGGUGCAGUACCAGGAUAUUCCAAGCUGCCCGGCUUACGGCUGUGGUGUCCUGGAGAAGAACAGCAACACAUCCUUUGGGCUCAGAGCCUGCAGUCAGAGAAGGAACUUCUUCUGUUACAAGAGGCCUGAAAACGACUGAAAGCCACUGGGCUCAUCUAUCAGCUGCUUCUCCCUGCUGUUAAUAACAACACCAGGAGUUUAGAAACACUGCUGGAAUCUCUGCAGCUCAUCCACAAGUAAACACUCUUCAUUGCUGCUGCUUGACUGCUGUCAUUGCUUUUCUGAUAAAGAAAAUAAUUCUGCGAGAAGUGUAAACUUAAAUAUGAAAUAACACAGUCUGCUGUUCAUUGCACAUAAAAACAACGGACAUCCCCCCUGCAGUAAUCCCCGCCCCGUCAUGGACGAAGCUUCUCGUAGAGUACGACCGGACCAAUACCAACUUUUUUCUUGUUCUUGCGGCCUCGAGAACAAGAACAAACUAUGUAACAGUGCAGAGUAUGUAACAAGCUCAAGAGAUAAAUGUUCCUCUGCUGCCACCUUCAGGAGUCUGACAGUAACUGCAGCAUGUUUGUUUAUCUCAGUAAAGCAGCAACAAUGAAGAACCUUUACUUAGUAAAUGCUCCACAUAACUACUCUGCUUCACAUCACUGGAAACACACUCAGAUGUACAAACACAUAUUUGAUAAGAAGUUUGAAGUUAGACAGUAAAACAGAUCAGUGAUGGAUCAGUAGAGUCUGUCCUUCACUGAUUAGAUGACGACAGUUUAAAUAGUUGAAAAUUUAUUUCAGUGUGUGAACAUCUGGUGGUUUUAUUAAAACAUGAACGGCAGGUAAAAGCAGGCAAAAUACGACACCAGUGGAUUAUAAUACAUUUACUGGAGUGAACUGGAGUAGAAAUUUAAAGUGUGUCUUUAACUUUAACUCAUCACAGUACUUGUUUUCUGCAGUUCAGAGGGAAAUUCUGUAAUCUGUUCGUCUUUUAUUUAUUCUAAAGUUUACUGUUACCAUUUUUUUCUUUGUAAUUUUAUGUUUUACAUUCAUAUUUGUAAUUAGAUUAUUUAGCUGUUCAUUUAUGAAGUAGUUAAGUGUGAAACACUUUAGAUGAUUUGAUAACAUUUUAUUCUGAUAUUUUUUCAUCAUACUUUAAUCUACAUGUUUGGUUUAGAUUUAAGUGAAAACUCUUUUGCACUGAAUCAGAUAUAAAACCUUCAUCCUGAGCUACGCUGUUCAGGUUGAGGUCAUCUGAUUUGGUUCUUAUCUUCAGGAAUUGUUGGGAGUUUGGUAAAGUGAUGGAAAACUGGAUGUGAAUCCUGUUAGAUUCAUCUUUCAGUUUUCAUCCUUCGUCAGGGAUGAUGUGAUUUUUGUUGGCCUUAAAUUUUUGAAGAGAUGGAACCUUUUUUUUAAAUGUUUAAGCCAUAAGAGCCCGACGUGACAUAUUUGUCACAUACAGUUUCUGAGACAUUUACUUCAAUUUAUGGUGUAAACUUUGCUCAAAAUCCUGU